AUGUAUGUGGAUUUCUACAAGUGGCGCGCCAUUCCUAAAACUAGGCUCAAUGUUCUGUUGUUAGCUGUAUUACGAACUCGAGAGGAGCCUUGUAAACAGGUAAUUGAACUUGUCUGUGAUGCUUUCCAACGGCCAGAAGAAGGUUCACACCUUGCUACUGAUGUUGAAAAUGUAGCUAAUACACAGGUAAAAGCUGUAAUGGCUGGAGGUCUCUGGGGUGAAAAUCCUUGGCAAACAGCAGAUGCCAGUUGUUCAUCGUACAAAGCUUCAUAGAGAGCUCAAUUCCAAGAGGGUUGGCUUACAUCUGUUGAAGGAAAAGGUACCCAGAAGCAGUGAUCAUUGGUAACCAGACUGCAACAGCAAUAUUAGAAUAAAGACUUCUCAGGCCUCUCAGACCAAUUGCAUGCCCUAUUCGGUUAACACUUAAGAAAAAUAGAG